ACAAAAACAGCCGCCCAGCUCCACUCUAGCGUUUCAAGGAAGCCCGUGCCGUGAGGGCUCAGCGCACUUUUAUUGGCCCGGGACGCUCACAGGAAAGCUCAAGCUGGCGUCUAUAAAAGGCGGCGGGUCCGAGGGCGCGGACCUGGAGAAGGAAGAUGAGCGCCUCGGUGGCUGUGUACCGGAGCCUCUACACCGAGGACCACUUCAGACAGGUGUAUGGCAGCCCGGGAGAGCCGGCCUCCGGAGAACUACGGGAGCGGAUCCGCGGCCGCUGCAAGUGCUCCCGGCAGGCGUGUGCCCGCGUCAUUCGAGCCCGCGUCCCGGUGCUGGACUGGCUGCCUCGGUACCGGCUGAGGAGAUGGCUACUAGGGGACGCGAUUGCAGGACUCACCGUGGGGAUUGUGCACAUUCCGCAGGGCAUGGCAUUUGCCCUUUUGACCUCAGUGGCUCCCAUCUACGGCCUCUACACGUCCUUCUUUCCGGCCAUUUUGUACAUGCUCUUCGGCACCGGGAGGCACAUCUCUACAGGGACCUUUGCUGUCAUCAGCCUCAUGACGGGCUCAGUUGUGGAGCAGCUGGCACCCAGAGCAGUGGACCUGAACUCGACGAGCCCCGAAGCCCAGGAGAUAGAGGAGCAGAGGAUUGGCGUGGCUGCCGCGGUGGCCUUCCUCUCGGGCCUCCUCAUGAUCUGCAUGUUCCUCCUGCAGCUGGGCUUCCUGUCCACCUACCUGUCGGAGCCCAUCGUCAAGGCCUUCACCAGCGCCGCCGCCUUCCACGUCACCAUCUCCCAGCUCCAGAACAUGCUGGGCCUUCGUCUGCCACGCCACACGGGGCCCUUCACGAUAUUCAAGACCUUGGCAUCGGUGUUUCAAGCUCUGUCCCUCACUAACAUGGCAGAGCUCGUCAUCUCCAUUGUCUGUCUUUCCAUCCUGAUUCCUGUCAAGGAGAUCAAUUCUCGUUUUCGACACAAGUUACGCACGCCAGUCCCGGCAGAAAUUCUUGUGGUCAUCGUCGCCACUGGGAUCGCCUAUGCCUCCUCGCUCGAUUCGCUCUACGAGAUUCAGAUUGUCGGACACAUCCCUGCUGGGUUCCCCAGUCUACAGGUUCCUGCUCUUGACAAGAUCCCCAGCAUAGCAGGUGACACCGUGGCCAUCACCUUUGUGGGUUACGCCGUCUCCGUCUCCUUGGCCAUGAUUUACGCCGACAAGCACGGCUACACCAUCCACCCAAAUCAGGAGCUGCUGGCCCAUGGCAUCUCUAACAUGGUGUCCUCCCUGUUCACCUGCUUUCCCAGUUCAGCCACCCUGGCCACCACGAACAUCCUAGAGAGCGCUGGAGGUCACACUCAGCUCUCCGGACUCUUCACCAGUCUCGUGGUUCUCUUCGUGCUCCUGCUCGUUGGUCCCCUGUUCUUCUACCUGCCCAAGGCUGUCCUGGCGUGCAUCAAUGUCACGAGCCUCCGUCAGAUGUUCCUGCAGUUCCAGGACCUGCCUGAGCUCUGGAGAGUCAGCAGGAUUGACUUUGUCGUGUGGAUUGUCACUUGGCUUUCUGUCAUCGUUCUUAAUGUAGACCUAGGACUGGCAAUUGGUGUGGUUUUCUCCAUGAUGACCAUCAUCUGUCGAACCCAGAGGGCAGAAUGCGCCGUGCUGGGGAGAGCGUCCAACACCGAAAUUUACCGAUCUGUGAAGAGCAACAGCAAGUGUCAGGAAAUUCCCGGCCUGAAGAUUCUGUCCUACAAUGGUCCCAUUUACUAUGGAAAUCGUAGCUUCUUCCGCGAGGCCAUGGCCAACAUCCUGGGUCUGACACCAGAGAGGAUCCGCAAGCUGGAGAAAGCACAGAGAGCCCUAGAGAAGAGGAAGAUGAGCAUCUCCACCGUGGAUGGCAGCGUGGCCAACACGUCCUUCACAUCGGAGAAUGAGCUCUUCAAGGCAGAGGUGACGGAGGGCAGCGUCCAGGCCGUUCUCAUUGACUGCAGCAGUGUGAUCUUCAUUGAUGUUGCCGGUGCCCGUCUCUUCAUACAGAUGUGCAUCGAGUGCCAGAAGGCAGGUGUCAGGGUGUACCUGGCCAUGUGCAAUGAAAGCGUUCUGAAGAUCCUCACCCACAGUGGACUAAUGAACUACAUGAGCCCCCGGCACAUCUUUGUGACUGUGCAUGACGCGGUGGUCCACAUUGAGCAGAUGAAGGAGAAAUCGUCACACAAAACAGAAACCGUCUGGGUGUAGCUGCAUCGCCCCUCUCCACACAUGCCAGCGUGGGACUGUGCAAGUAUUUGGGCAUAGGCAUCUGUUGCCAGCAUCUGCGGGUCUGGAUGCCAUGGCAUUGAUAUGGGGGGGUUGGUAAUUCUCUACAGUGGGAGCCUGGGGGGAAGGAAAUCACAUGGGCAACCAAAACCCAAAGAGGACCCUGACAAAUUAGAUGUGGGGUCUGCACAGAGAUGCCAGCAGUGACCGCAAGAAGAUGCCAGCUGAUGCAGCAGUACCUCGAGGUCUGCCCACAGACAGAGACUCCUGUAGCUGGUAAUGUGACCAAAGGUGGAGGAAGGACAUUGUGCCACCCUGAAUAUGGGCGGGUAUGGUGGCACAAACUUUGGGGUGGCAUUUGCACUUUGUACUAAUAAAGAGGCUGCAGACGCUGACUAAAAAAU